AUGGCAUCAGCGGAGGUUGCGCCUCAAUUUGGGGCAGAGCUGAAGGAUGCAUUCAAGCCGGUCAACAACUGGGUUUCGACUGGAAUACAAUGGCUGGACGAGAUACAACAAUUCUACCGCGAGCGGAGCGUCAUCGAGAAGGAAUAUGCUGCCAAGCUCACUGCCCUCUGUCGGAAAUACUACGAUCGCAAAGCAAAGAAGAUCAGCAGCCUCAGCGUUGGAGACAACCCCGCGAUGACUCCUGGCUCUCUCGAGAGUGCUUCCCUUACUACGUGGACGACACAAUUGACCGCCGUUGAAUCGCAUGCCGCCGAACGGGAUAGAUUCGGCACAGAAUUGGUUUCGCAGGUCGCGGAGCCUCUCAAGCAGGCUGCAGCGCAGUACGAAGAGCUCCGAAAGUGCCAUGUGGACUUUCAUGCAAAGUUGGAGAAAGAGCGGGACUCGUCCUACGGUGAGCUCAAGAAGGCGAAGGGCAAAUACGAUGGGGUCUGCCAGGAGGUUGAGUCUCGAAGAAAGAAGAUGGAAAGUUCAUAUGACCACAGCAAAAGCAAGGCGCAAGCUGCUUACCAACAGCAAAUCCUCGAAAUGAACAACGUCAAGAAUAUGUACCUCAUCAGUAUCAACGUAACCAACAAGAUGAAAGAAAAGUUCUUCCAUGAAUAUGUGCCAGAGUUACUUGACGGCCUGCAAGACCUCAACGAAACACGUGUGGCGAAGCUCAACUCGUUAUGGUCACUUGCGGCGCAACUCGAAAAGUCUUCUUUGUCAAGAAGUACGGAACAUAUGUCACACCUGCUGAAUGAGAUUCCUCGAAACGUCCCGCACAUGGACUCGCUCAUGUUCCUACGUCACAACGUCACCCAGGCGCAAGAGCCUCCCAAUAUGGUAUUCGAGCCGAGUCCUGUUUGGCAUGAUGAUGAGACGAUGAUUGCGGACGACACUGCUAAGAUAUUUUUGCGAAAUAUCCUUAGCAAGGGUAAGACGCAGGUCCGGGAGCUACGGGUCGAGUCGGACCAGAAGCGAAGGGAGGUUGAGAAUGCCAAGCGAGUCAGGCAAAAUGUCCGACAAGGGAAGGAGACUCGAAGUGAAGUCGAUGUUGUCCGGUCGAUUUUCUUUUUGCAGGAGGCGCUUCAUGAGACGGACCGAAAACGACUGGCAGCCGAAGUAGAAACAUCGACGAUCAUGGCGGUCGUCGGUGACUUGUCUCUGGGGGCAAAGAACCACAACUUCAAGUCGCAGACGUUCAAAAUCCCCACUAACUGUGAUCUAUGCGGAGAGCGAAUCUGGGGAUUACACGCGAAGGGAUUCGAUUGCCGGGAUUGUGGGUAUACAUGUCACAGUAAAUGCCAGAUGAAGGUACCAGCCGAAUGCCCUGGUGAGCAGACCAAGGAGGAGAAGAAGAAGCUCAAGGCCGAGCGACAAGAACAAGCGGGAGCGGUGCCAGUUAUUGACAUUGCACCGCCAAAUGGUUCCUCCGCCGCGCCGUCGCUAACACGGCAAAACACGAUGAAUUCAUUGAGCUCCGGAUAUGCUGCGAGCGCGAACCGAUCCAUGUCCACUGUGACCAGCCAGCCCCCAUCCACCAUUGUGGAACCUACCGAGCCUGCUGCCCCUGCAGCGCCUGCAGAGACCAAGCCUGCUGCCGCCGCCCCGAGGAGGAACCGGGUUCUUGCCCCACCUCCCGCGCAGUACGUCAGCGCUCCGCCGCCCAGUGAAUCGACCAAAGCCAGUGAGCCCCGUGGGAAAAUGAUGUAUGCCUACCAAGCAGGAGGCGCAGACGAGAUAACAGUACAAGAGGGCGAUAGUGUGACAAUCGUCGAGCCAGAUGAUGGCUCCGGAUGGAUGCGUGUGCGCGCUGGAUCACUAGAAGGUCUCGUCCCCGCCGCCUACGUGGAAUCAGCACCGGCUCCGUCGCCCGCUCCCUCGGCGAGUCCUGCGUUUACGGAGCGGCCGGGGUCCACGUACUCCAACUCGUCCGCCUCGGUCGCGGGCAGUAUGGCGGCCAAGCGGGUUGGGCCCGCUGUCGCGCCUCGGCGUGGGGCAAAGAAAGUCCAAUACGUGGAAGCACUGUAUGACUAUGAGGCACGCAGCGAGAUGGAGUGGAGCAUGGUGGAAGGCGACCGCUUUGUCCUUGUCAACCGGGACAGCGGGGACGGAUGGGCCGAUGUCGAACGAGGAGGGGUGACCAAGAGCGUGCCUGCGAAUUAUAUCCACGAAGUGUAG